GACUUUAGAAGAAAUACUGUCACGGACCAGAAAUGAUUCUUUCUCUCUUACUCCUGAUUUCUAAAGUGACUGCUACUCCGAUGGUUCUGUAUCAGUCUACGGAUGUCUUAUAUGUUGAGGCAAGGACCACAGCAGAAUUCUCCUGUGGGUCCAGUGAACCAUUAGAGGAUGGAACUAUGAUCUCCUGGUAUCGAAGAACUGGUGGAAACCUUUCAUUAGUCAAAUACUGUGCUAUGGAUAGUGACAAGAACAAAUAUGUCUGUAAUAAUGGCCGUUAUAGGGCUACACUGCAGAUACAUAAUACAGAGACCAAUGACUCAGGAGUUUACUUGUGUACCUACAAUUAUCAUAAUGCCUUUACCAUCACUGGAAACGGAACCACCCUCAUUGUCGGAGACAGUUCCCCCUCCAAAAUCUCCAUCCAUCUCCUCAUAUUACUUCAGCAUGAUCUUCCACAAAAUCAUCUUCUGCUGGCUUGUGUGGCGCAUGAGGUUGGUCAUACAGCUCAUAUAGCCUGGAACAUGUCUGGAACAUUUCACAAGGGCAAGAUGACAUCCAUUCAAAGACCUGAAGGAACAUGGACUUUCAUGAACAUCAUCUCACUUUCUAAGGACAGUUUCGACACUGGAAACAGCGUGAGCUGUGAGGUCUGGUUUAAUUCUUCCACUGCAGUAGUUGUCCAUUGGCAAGUACCAGUACUAUACCACUGAAAAUGAAAUACAAAAUCUUGUGCAGAAAUGAUAAGACUUCCUAUAGAGAGAGGUAAUCCAUUGGCAGUCUACUGCCGCAGUGAGGGGAGAAGGAUAUCUGAAGGAUAACUCUCAUGAUAACAGUAGGUGCAAAAUUGGGGGCAUAACAGCUCUAUUCUCUUGUAUAAAUUAUAAAUGGUACUUCGUAUGCAGGGAUCUCUUUUACAUCGGGAUCCAGGAGCUUAAAUUUACACCUUGGAAUAUGAAGUUUACCUUUAUGUCUUAGGGUCAGACUAGCAUUGGAUAGGUGCACCAGAUCAGUUCACAUUCUUAGACCUCUUGAUUCCAUCUAUGUAGCAUUAUGACAACUUACUAUUGCUUCUGUGCCAGUGGUCAACGUCUAAUAAUGUGAGUGUGCCCAGAUUCUGGUGUAAAUUACGACAAAAUAUUGGGUCAUUUGGGUCAUCUAGGUUUAGAUAAAUUAUCUGUUCCCUCAACCAGGGGGUUUGGCUUAGCAUGGAACGGUGUUGCCCGAUGUGAAAAGGUGUAGCUUGACAUGAAACAGGCGUGGGCUAAUAUGCAACGUUUAGCAACAAAAUUGGGACACAAUGCUGGAACAAACUCUCAUCUUAAAAUAAACCAUUAGUUGGUAUAGUGUUAGACAAAAAAGCAAGAAAAGUGGUGAAAUUUAUUAAAUAUCUUUUGUUUUUGCAGUUUUAUAGAGCAGACUAAUGUUUUUCUUUCAUAAUUGAGUUUUCUGAUUUUCAUAUUUUCUUCAUAACAAAGUGUUGAGGUCAUCUCUUAGGUGAGCUCCUUAGAAUAAAUAAUUGAAAUCAUAGCCUUAUUUGACAUUAGAUGUUCUUGGUUCAAGUCUUAUAAGCACAGUGAUAAGGUGGCUUGGAAAAGAGGUUUAGAAUUAUCAAAGGUUAUGAGACAUAAAAAUCAGGGUUUAUUUUUGACAUCCUGUGUCUGACCAUUUUACAGAUGACCUCUAUGAAUAUUCUCCAUCAAAAUGUCAAAGCUUCCUCAGAACUUUGGUGAUUAUUGGGAUUUUACUGCUGUUGACCUUGACAAUUCUUCUCACUAGGACUCUCAACGGUAACACACAAACUAUUCAAAUAUGUUGAAUCAGUUCUGGUUAUACAACAGUUUCUCUCUAAUGUGUCCACAAAUUCUAUAUUUUUGUAGCCUAUUCUAAAUCCGUCAGUGUAUAUCUAUUACUUAUUGUAUGUCAGAUACUAAAACUUAAGGAUUAAUGUGCAAGAAUAAUAUGAUUGAGGUAAAUACAGUAGAUCACGAAUAUAAAAGAACAAAAGUUUGAACCCAACUGCCUUCACAAAAGGCCGCCUUUACUCAUUGAUCAUUUUUGAUCCU